AUGAACUCCCGGAACGUUCGUAGUUUCGCUCCAAUUAUAGGAUUGGUUCGUCGGUCAUGCUACAAUAGUACUCGCAGAAAUAUACUGUUGGAUGACAAGACUAAAUUGAUAUGUCAAGGGUUUACGGGGAAACAAGGAACUUUUCAUUCUCAGCAAACUCUUGCUUAUGGCACAAAACUUGUGGGUGGAGUUUCACCUGGUAAAGGAGGCAGUUCCCACCUUGGAUUACCUGUUUUCAACACUGUGAACGAGGCUAAGGAAGCUACAGGUGCAACAGCCACUGUUAUUUACGUGCCACCACCUCAUGCUGCCGCUGCUAUCCAUGAAGCUAUUGAUGCACAGAUUCCUCUUAUUGUCUGUAUAACCGAAGGUAUCCCACAACAUGAUAUGAUACGUGUACGAAAGCGUCUUUCUGAACAGUCUGCCUCAAGAUUAAUUGGACCAAAUUGUCCAGGAAUAAUAAAACCGGACGUAUGCAAAAUUGGUAUUAUGCCUGCACAUAUUCAUAAACCAGGAACGGUAGGAAUAGUAUCCAGAUCGGGGACAUUAACUUACGAAGCUGUCUUUCAAACUACACAGGUUGGUCUUGGUCAAUCCCUGUGUAUUGGAAUCGGUGGCGAUCCAUUUAAUGGAACAAACUUCACCGACUGUCUUGAGGUGUUUUUAAACGAUCCUAAUACAAAAUCAAUAAUCCUGCUUGGCGAAAUCGGUGGUGACUCAGAAGAACAAGCUGCCGAAUUCUUAAAAGAGCAUAAUACUGGUCCAAACCGCAAACCAGUUGUAUCUUUUAUUGCCGGUGUUACAGCGCCACCUGGACGUCGUAUGGGUCAUGCUGGAGCUAUCAUUUCGCUAGGUAAAGGUGGUGCUAAAGAGAAAAUGGCGGCUUUAGAAAGUGCAGGUGUUGUUGUCACACCUUCCCCAGCUCAAAUAGGUAAAACUCUCUUGCAAGCCAUUGCAGAUCUUCCAAACUCGUAA